AUGAGGCGAUUCGAGAAUUCCAUUGUUUCAGCUGUAGCCUUUGGUAAAUUGGGAUCUUCUAUUGGAGGAAUUGUUUGUUCUUUAGCCAAUAAUUUACACGGUAAUGAGUUAGGUGUUGGUCUUACUGGAAUGACUAUUGUACUAGUUUUAGUAUUUGCCUUGAUUGGAUAUGUUACAAUGGAGAUUUAUACGAGAUAUGUUAUCAAGACGAUAAAAUCAAGAUAUUUAACUUUAUUGGGAGAGGGUAGCUUGGAGAGAGAAGCUGGUGGCAUUUUCCAACAAUUGGAAGAACAAGAGAAUGUUGAAUUAUUGGAUUUGUAUGGAAAGUUUGUAAUGAUGAGUAAUGCUAAAUCAUUCAGACUUUACAGAAAGGAAAUUGUAACCAGUACAGAUUUACAAGAGCUCAUUGGAUUUAUCAGAGGCAUUUCAACACAAAAAACUGUACAACAUGUGAAUUUGUUGCUGACAUCAGCAAGUUUGGUUGCUUAUUUCAUUCCAGACGAAUCAAACUCGACUGUUUUUGCCAAUGCCCUAAUCAAGAGAGCCGUAAAGCAACAUCCAAGUACCUAUUUCAAAUACAAGAUUGGCCAGAAAGCAAAGGAAGUUGAAGUUUAUGCUUCGGAACAACUUCGAGGUGCAAAGAAUAUGAUUGAACUUAAAUCAAUUUUGAGAAAUAUUGAAAAACAAACUACAGAGCUUACCUCUCUUCAUAGACACUACUUUAAAGAACUAAUGCAAGAAAUGAUAAAUUACAAAAAGGUAGAACAAAUUCUUCAUAGAGCAGCCGUUUUAACAGGGAGCUUGGAUAGUAUCUUUGAUAAUAUUUUAAGAUUAUAUUAUAAUGACAAAACUGUUUUAAGAACAUAUGCUUCAUAUAUGGAGUCUUUUAAAUUCAAUAGAGAAAUAGCUCAAGAAUAUUAUGGUGAAGCAAUGAUGCUGGAAGAUGAAGAGUCUCAGGCAGUUAGAAAGCCACCAACCUAUAUCACAGCUUUGAAAAAGAGAUCUAAUACUGUAACUUCAUUAUCAGAAUCAAUUGUUGAUACUGAUAAUUCGAGAAGAAAGAUGUUAAACUCGGUAGCUUUCAAUAACAUUGUAAACGAGCUCAGCGAACCAUCUGUGGCUAGUAUUGAAAACUUUGAGGGUAUAGAAAAUCAAAACGAAGCUAAAAGAGAGCUGGUUUACAGAACAGCAUUAGAAAGUCACGGUUCUAGAGCCAUGCCAUUGAUAUUUUUCAGUGUGUUUAUCCUUUUUUCGCUUGCUUUGAUAGCUGUCGGUUUGGGUGUUGGUUAUUCUUUCAGUUUAGCUGUCACUGAAAAUGUGGUAAAUGUUAUUGAUGCAUGUUCUCCAAUAGCUUCCCUUACCAAUCUUAUUAUUACCUUGAGAGGAUUCCAGGCAACUCAAAAUUUGUUGGAUAUGGGUGUUACUUUGCAACCAACAUUAACCAAUAGAAUUUAUUCUGAUAUGACAAAUACCAAAUCUACUGUUAAAACUUUGGCUCAACUCUUGACAAAUUUACAACAAAAAGCAUAUGACGCCAAGUUAACAGAAUUGGUUUAUUCUAGAUAUCAUGAAUAUUAUUAUACUAUUCUAAUACCUUUGGCUUCAAAUAGGUCAAGUAUCUCAGAAAAGUUUUAUUUCGCUACUACAGAACAGAAUGUUACCAUAACAGAUAUUAACAAUGUUCUGCUCAAAAUUACUACUCAAUUAUUGACAGCAUCGAAAGAGGAUUUGAUGAAAACAGUGUCCAGUUAUGAGUACAUGUAUCUCUACAGAAAUCAAGAAAAAAUCACAAGAGCUUAUUCUGAUUUUUGUAAAAUAUUCAUGAUUUCAGCCAAAGAUGAUGCAGUAACAAUUAACACAAUAUUUACAUAUUACAUUUCCUUUUCAUUGAGUGUAUAUAUAGUCUUUGGAUUUAUUUUCUUAAUAAUUCAAUAUAGAUAUUUAUCUGGUGUUAAGAAACAAAUCAAACUAAUGCAAGAAAAUGUAUCCAAGAAUGAAAUUGGUAAAUUAUUCCAUGAUUUGGGAAAGAAAGUAAGCGAUGAUACUCAUUUGAGGGCUUCCAGGAAUGCUUUAUUGACACCAAAAAACUUGUUUUCUUUGUUUGGAUUUUUAACCAUUGUAAUUGUUUCAAUUUGUUGUGGUAUUUACUUGAGUGAAACUUUAGGAAAUUCUACAUACAGUUUUGAAUCAUACGUUACCAUGGAAGAUGGUUUUGAUGCCAUGUCAUACUUACAGCAUACCACAUUUGCAAUUUCAGAGGUAUUUAUUCAUGCUGUGAAUGCAAAGUUCAAUGUCAGUGAGAGCAGUUAUGCUCUUCUUGGGAAUAGUGAUAUUGAACUAAUGGCCACUGGAUUUACAACUACUGUGAAAUCAUUGAGAUACUAUUGGAAUUUAUGUAUGUAUGGAUCGGCUGUAAAGGCCUAUGAAACCCUUGUUGUGGGAAUGUUUACUGAAACAGAUGACAUGAUAAGAGGAGAGGUUAAUUGUGAUAUCGAGGCUUCUUUAAAGACUUUUGAAAAAAUCAAAUCCUCUGGAAAUUCUACAACUUAUUGUAAAAUGGGUGUUGACUACAUGGUACAAGAUAUUAUUCUAAAAUGUUCUAAUUUGAAAGAGGAUAUCAAGACCUUACCGCAACUGAGCAAUUUCAAAUCUACUAGCUUGAAUUUUUUCAAUGAGUUUUAUAGUAUUGCCUAUCUUACCAAUGCAGUGUCUAUGAAAUUGAUAGAUUUCUCAAAUGUUUUUGCUGUUAAAUCCGCCACUCCAAGAACAGAACAAAUGAUUUCUUUAGCGAUUAUUGCCUUGAUUUUGAGUUCCACCUUUUUCGGUAUAAUGUACUAUUCUAUUGAUACCUAUUGGAAAGAUUCUCAUAUUGCAAGAUCAUUAUUUAACUAUCUUUCAAUUGAUACAUUGGAAUCCAAUGAAAUAAUUAAGAAUUACGUUCUCUAUCACACCACAAAUGAUGGUAUUAAGAGAAAGAAGAAGAGCACUGAAGAAUCCAAAGUGAAUGCCAUUUUGAAUGCUGCAGUUGAUGGAGUUGUUGUUUGUGAUGCUCAAUUCUGGGUAAAGAGUUUCAACCCAGCUGCUUCCAGAAUGUUUGGAGCUCAACAAGAAGAGUUUGUGAAUAAGCCAAUCUAUUGUUUGAUGACUCCUUGGUUCCAUGACGAUGUUCGUAAAUUCCUGAAUGCUUCCAAGAACAAUACUAGUCUCAAUGACGCCAAAUCAGCAUCAUUUGAAGUGGAUUGUGUCAGAACAAAUCUUUCAACAUUCUCAGCAAGAAUUAACCUUUUCAUUACCGUUUUUGAUAAGAAACCAAUUGUUACAUGUUUCAUUAAGGAUAUUACUUCAGAGAAGAAGCACAACUCACUUCUUCAAGAAGAAAGAAAGCACUCUGAAGAUCUCUUGCUUAACAUUUUACCAAGUGCUGUUGCCACAAAAUUGAAAGGAGGAGCCAGCUUGAUUGCUGAGAAAUUCCCAGAUGUAACAUGUUUCUUCUCUGAUAUGGUUGGAUUUACGGCAUUAUCUUCUAAAAUGGGUCCUAAUGACCUAGUUCAAAUGUUGAAUACUAUUGUUAUUGGAUUUGAUGAUUUAAUGGAUGUUUAUCACCUUGAAAAGAUUAAAACUAUUGGUGAUGCCUAUUUCUGUGCAGGAGGUCUUCAUGAUUUGAAUGCCCAAUCUGAUCACCCUGAGAGAACUUUGAGAUUUGCUAUUGAUACAUUUGGAGUUAUUAGAAAUUAUAACUUGAAAUUUAGAAGAAACAAUUUGAAGGAACAAAUUAACAUUAGAAUUGGUAUUAAUACUGGGCCAGUUGUUGCUGGUGUCAUUGGACGUAAGAAGUUUGCCUACGAUUUGUGGGGUGACUCUAUUAAUACAGCCUCUAGAAUGGAAUCAAAUUCCAAGCCAGGAAGAAUUCAAGUUUCCAGAUCUACUUAUGAAAGAGUUUUUGAUUUAGGACUUGUUUUUGAGGAAAGAAAAAUUGAAGUGAAAGGAAAGGGAAUGUGUCAAACCUAUUUGUUGGAUGCUAAGCACCAUACAUCUGCUAUAAUUACAGAAGAGGAUGUAAAAAACUCUGCUGAUAAAGAAACCAAAUCUGAGAUUGCUGCACACACCGCUCCAAUUGAUAAUCACGAAUUGGAGAUUGAGUUAGUACCAAAAACACCAAAAGGUGAAGUUGAAAAUCAAUAA